UUUUUUUUGCGAUUGUCGCAAACGUCGUGAAAUUCUUGUAAAUUUGCUGUCAGUUCGCAUCAAAAUGGGUAUUUUGGAAAAGAUAUCGGAAAUAGAGGCUGAAAUGGCUCGUACACAGAAAAACAAAGCAACAUCUGGCCACUUGGGACUUUUGAAGGCCAGGUUAGCCAAACUUAGAAGAGAACUGAUGACCCCCAAAGGAGGGGGAGGGGGAACUGGAGAAGGUUUUGAUGUAGCCAAGACUGGAGAUGCUAGAGUAGGAUUUGUUGGUUUUCCAUCUGUUGGCAAGUCUACAUUACUGAGUAAUCUUGCUGGUGUAUACUCCGAGGUUGCAGCGUAUGAAUUUACAACAUUAACCACAGUUCCUGGUGUCAUCAGGUACAAAGGUGCUAAAAUACAGUUAUUAGAUCUGCCAGGUAUUAUAGAAGGAGCUAAAGAUGGCAAAGGUAGAGGCAGACAAGUUAUUGCAGUUGCAAGGACAUGUAGUUUGAUUUUAAUUGUACUCGAUGUGCUGAAGCCCCUCCACCAUAAAAAGAUCAUUGAAAGAGAAUUAGAAGGUUUUGGUAUAAGGUUGAACAAAAAACCUCCAAAUAUAUCAUUUCGUAAAAAAGAAAAGGGUGGCGUAAAUUUAACUGCAACAUGUGCUCAAAGUCAACUUGACCUUGAUACAGUGAAGACUAUAUUGUCUGAAUACAAGAUACACAAUGCUGAUAUUACACUGAGAUCAGAUUCCUCGGCGGAUGAUUUAAUAGAUGUCAUAGAAGGUAAUAGAGCUUACAUACCAUGCAUCUUUGUCCUGAAUAAGAUUGAUCAGAUAUCUAUCGUGGAACUGGACGUUAUUUAUAAGAUUCCCCACUGCGUUCCCAUCUCAGCUCAUCAUAAAUGGAAUUUUGAUGAUUUGUUGGAGAAGAUGUGGGAGUAUCUGAGUCUUGUGAGGAUAUAUACAAAACCUAAGGGUCAACUGCCAGACUAUGAGGCGCCGGUUGUACUGAAAUGUGGUCAGUCAUCAGUGGAAGAUUUUUGUACGAAUCUACAUAAAGCUAUCAUGAAGGAAUUCAAAUAUGCGUUAGUGUGGGGUUCCUCGGUUAAACACACUCCGCAAAAAGUUGGAAAGGAACAUUUGCUUGAUGAUGAAGAUGUGAUACAAAUUGUGAAAAAACUCUAAUGAAGUGAACAGAAGAUAAUGGAUUGAACCAAAUAUUUAUUGGAUGGAAAAUUUAGGAACGCUGAUCAAUCAACUUUUUGCGUGAUCUUACCUGUGCUUACACUUCUAGUAACAUUGUGAUUUGGAGAAUUAUGUUUAUGAAUGCCGAUCUCAAACUUUACAUGGAUCCCCAGUAUUUUAAAACUCAAAAUCUUUAGGGAAAAAAAAAAGGGAAGGGCUUUGAAUUCAGAAAUAAAACGUUUCUCAUGAAA